GCUGCGUCCAAAAGGAUGAGGCAGACAUCUUCUUUCUGAUUGAUCAUUCGGGAAGCAUUUAUCCCAACGACUUCCAAGACAUGAAGAAGUUCAUCAUCGAGUUCCUACACACCUUCCGUAUCGGGCCCCAACACGUCCGCAUUGGGGUCGCAAAAUUCGCGGAUUCCCCAGAUUUAGAGUUUGAUCUGACAGCCCACUCGGAUACGAAGACGUUGGAGAAGGCCGUGGAGGACAUUCAGCAGAUAGGAGGCGGGACGGAGACGGGAAGAGCGCUGGAGUUCAUGGGCCCGCUCUUUGAGCAAGCGAUGGUGUCCCGCGGUCACAAAGUACCCGAGUACCUGGUGGUCAUCACGGACGGACAAUCCACCGACGAGGUCAAAGUUCCCGCCGAGAAACUGAGGGCGCAGGGCGUCACCGUGUACGCCGUCGGCGUGAAGGAAGCAAAUGAAAAGGAGCUGCAAGAGAUCUCCGGCGAGGCCAGGAGGACUUUCUACGUCAAUAAUUUUGAUGCUUUGAUUCCCAUCAAGGACGAAAUCAUCACAGACAUCUGUUCUGAAGAAGCUUGCAAAGACAUACCGAGCGACCUCCUCUUCUUGAUCGACAGCUCUGGGAGCAUCUACCCAGAAGACUACGAGAAAAUGAAAGAGUUCAUGAAAGCCGUCAUCAGCAAGUCCUUCAUCGGGAAGAACCAAGUGCACGUCGGCGUCAUGCAGUUCAGCGACGUGCAGCAGCUCGCGUUCCCCCUCACCAGCUACUUCAGCAAGGACGAAAUGUCCACCACCAUCGACCAGAUGCAGCAGAUCGGCGGAGGCACGCUCACGGGCGAAGCCAUCACGGGUGUGUCGCAGUACUUUGAUGAAGGCAGAGGAGGGCGUCCUGCCAUGAGGCAGAGGCUGGUGGUGAUAACGGACGGCGAGGCCCAAGACGAGGUCCGGGGCCCCGCCGAGGCUCUGAGGGAAAAGGGAGUGGUGGUGUACGCCAUCGGGGUGGUGGACGCCAACACCACCCAGCUGCUGGAGAUCAGCGGCUCCCCAGACAGGGUGUAUGCCGAGAGGGACUUUGACGCUCUGAAGGAUUUGGAGAGCCAGUUGGCUUUGCAGCUCUGCGAUCCAGAGAGAGAAUGUAAGAAGACAGAAGAAGCAGACAUUAUUUUCCUCGUGGACGGCUCCACGAGUAUAACCCUCCCCAAGUUCAAAAGCAUGCAGAAGUUCAUGGCGUCGGUGGUGAACCAGACCACCGUCGGCGAGGACCUGACUCGCUUUGGCGUCAUUCUCUACUCCAACGACGCCAAAUCUGUGUUCACUCUGAAACAAUACACCUCCAAACGGGAAGUUCUUGAUGCCAUAUUGGCCCUGAAGUCGCCGUACGGAGACACCUACACCGGCAAAGCCUUGAAGUACUCGUUGGAGUUCUUCAACAAAGAACAUGGCGGCCGAGCGGCGCUCCAGGUGCCGCAGAUUCUCAUGGUGAUCACAGACGGGGACGCGACGGACCGUUACAACCUGGUCGCACCGUCCGUGGCGCUGCGAGACAAAGGGAUCAGCGUCUUCAGCAUCGGAGUCGAAGGAGCCAACAAGACGCAGCUGGAGAUCAUGGCCGGUCACGAAACAUCCAGAGUUUUUUACGUAGAUAACUUCAAAGCUCUGGAAACUCUCUACAAGAAUAUUUCUCAUGUCCUCUGCAAUACCACCAAGCCAGUUUGUGAGAAACAGAAAGCAGACCUGGUCUUCCUGUUGGAUCAGUCCGGCAGCAUUGACCCAGCGGACUACACCACCAUGAAGAAGUUCACCACAGACCUGGUGACCAGCUUCAAAGUCAGUGAAGAUUUAGUGCGGGUCGGCCUGGCCCAGUUCAGUAGCACUUUCCAACAUGAGUUUUACCUCAACAAGUUCUACAGCGAGGACGCCGUAACCAAGCACAUCUUGGACCUGGAGCAGCUGGGCGGAGGCACCAACAUCGGACUGGCCCUGGAUGACAUCAAGGAUUAUUUUGAGGCGUCACGGGGCGGCCGAAGAUCUGCCGGGAUCUCCCAGAAUCUGGUGCUGAUCACAGAUGGCGAGUCGCAGGAUGACGUGGAGGACGCGGCCGACCGUCUCCGGGCUCUGGGGGUCGAGGUGUUUGUCAUCGGCAUCGGGGACGUCCACGACCUGCAGCUCCUGCAGAUCACCGGCACCCCGGAGAGGCUGUUCACCGUGCAGAGCUUCGGCAGCUUGGAAAACAUCAAGCAGAAGGUGGUCGACACGAUCUGCAAAUCCAAACCCCCCGAAAAUCCAAGCGAAUGCAGCAUCGACAUCGCGAUGGGGUUUGAUAUCACUCGAAGGGCCGCAGCUGCUGACGGGACGCUGGUCAGCGGCCACACCAAGCUCCAGGCCUUCCUACCGGAGAUCGCCCGGUACGUGUCCUCCGUACAGGGUCUGUGCUGCGCCGGCCCCGCGCCCGUCAAGCCCAACAUUGCCUACCGAGUGGUGAGUCGGGACGGACGCGCCCUGUACGACUUCAACUUCGAGGGCUACAGCGCCGACGUGGUGAAGAAAGUCAUGAGCGUGCAGCUGGCCCAGCCCACGUACUUCAACACCGCCAUGUUGAAAUCCUUCAGCCAGAAGUUCAGCGAGUCCAGAGCUGGUGUUAAG